CAAAAUGCUUGACUUAAAAUAGGCCUUAGGCAGGGCAGAAACCACAAUACUCAAAAUGUCAGCUUCUAUGGGAGGGCGGGCUAGGUUUCCCUUCAGGCCAAUAAAAACUCAAACUGAAAGUUCCGCCCAAGGUCUAAGCUCCCGGACUGCAUCCUCGCCCAGUGGGGCCAGGGAUACAUGUUCCCAACCCAGAGCGUCGCGUCCCCAAACUGGGGGACCCACGAGGCCGAAAGGCCCGCCCCGAGGCCCCGCCCCCGCGCUGAGGCCCCGCCCCGCCCCGGCUGCUGCUAUAGCAACCCAGAAAGCGCCAUGGCUGCCGUCGGCCGGGGAGGACGCCUUUCGACACUGCCGGCAGCGGCCGAACCCAAGUCACCGUCGCUUUCGCCACGUCCAGCAGCUCCGACCGGAGGGAGGCCUAGGAAGUGUCUGGUCUACCCGCAUCCCCCGAAGAGCUCCCGCCUGUCUCCGUCGGUGCUGCGCUGGCUCCAGGGCCUGGAUCUCAGCUUCUUCCCCAGGAACAUCAGCAGAGAUUUUUCAAAUGGCUUCCUGAUAGCAGAAAUAUUCACCAUACAUUACCCCCAGGACCUUAAAUUGUCAUCCUUUAAAAAUGGAACUUCUUUAAAAGUCAAGUUGGAUAACUGGGCACAGCUGGAAAAGUUCCUGGCAAGAAAAAAACUUAAGCUACCUAAAGAACUAAUCCACGGAACAAUUCACUGUAAAGCCGGAGUGCCUGAGAUACUGGUACAAGAGGUGUACACCUUGUUAACACAUCGAGAAAUUCAAAGUAUCCAGGAUGACCUCGUGAAUUUCACAGACUACAGUUACCAGAGGCAGUUGCCCCUGGUUCCCAGAUCAACAGCUUCAAAGUCUAUUAAAGAUAACAUUCGGUUAUCAGAACUAAUGAGCAAUCCCAACAAGCUCAGCAAUGAACUUAAAGCGGACUUCCUNUUCCUGUUACAGAUGCUGCAAAGACAACUGAGCAGAAAACUGAAUCCAGAAUGGUUUGAGGUCAAACCAACAGUGGGAGAACGAACUCUCGAUCACCUUCCUGCCCGAGCUUCUGGGUGCAAAUAUAAAUCAGCGAUUUCAAAGGAAAGAGUUGCUCCUGUUUCCAGUGGCGGGGACGCAUUGUCGGCUAAGAACCAGUCACAACAGGAGAGGGUCCCAGUCCAGGCUGUCCCCGUCUGCCACCACAGGAGCCAAUUCACUUCCAAUUUCUCCAUAAAAAGGAAACCAAUCAGACACAUGGAAAAGGAACCUGGAUGAGCAUCUGUCUAAUGGCUUUGAAGAAGUGAUGCCACCACCCCCGCCCAUCCAAAGGGAUACAAUCACCCAGCCUCGGAUGUAUGUCAAUAAUAAGUAAAUGAAAGUGGUGUCUUAUCCA